UAUUCCCCCGAUAAGGAGACCGUCUUUGCUUCAGAUAUUAGCAGAAAUUCUCAGUUGACUAUUGGACAUUCGUUCAGUAUACUUGUGCUUCGUCCUUAUUAAGUGUUUUUAACUUUUUAGUCCUCGAUCCUAUCUGCAAAUCCAUCAAAAUGCAAGCUUUCGAAGAUCCAGAAACACCAAUGAUAUGUCCUUAUGACAAAAACCACACCAUAUACGCUGCAAGAUUCGCUUUUCACCUCACAAGAUGCCGCAAGAAUCAUCCAGGUGCACCCAUAGCCAUAUGUGAUUAUAAUCAUGAACAUAGAAUUCCUAAGCCGGAGCUUCAGUAUCACCUGCAAUCCUGUCCAGAUCGCUUAAUAACUGAGGCGAGAAAGAAAGAUGUAGUGGAGAACGAUAGUGUGAUGCAUUUUCCCAUCAAAAACUUAGUGGCUCCGGUAGACGAGAAAUGGGAUGACGAGGAAUUGAAUCAUCCCGGAUACAACUAUGAAGAGCAUAGUGAAAAGUCCAAUGUCCUACGUAUUAUGUGCGUAGAAAAACCGUCUGUCAGGAAGCAAUUCAGGAAAGACGAACAGAGAAGGAUGAAUGUUUUGAGGGCUCCAAAUGCUAGCAAUGCUACUGUUACUAGAGAAAACGAGCCCUCAUCUAGUAGCAGAACUCCUGCAGAAAGUUCCUCUUUCCACCUGGAUGAAGACAAACCCGAGCUAUCGUUGGCGGAUAGGAUCAACAAAGACAGAGACGUUUAUGUGCCCACGAAUCCCGAGGAUGAAGCUUUUGAAUUUCCUAAAAAAACUUCUAGGAAGAAUAAGAAGAAAUGAAUAUUAUCAAACCAAAAACAACACUCGGUUGCUUGACUGGAGGUUGCUAUAACUUCUUUUUUUUAAUGUUCUGUUUGUACUAUAUUUGUAUGUGGAAUAUCUAAAUUCUGUUGAAAUAUACGACUUUUAAAUAAUGUAAA